CACUGUUGGAUGGUGAGGGAAGCAGAAGCAAAGCAGCUGUUUCCAUCGUUGGCAUUUGCUGUAAUGUAUGAGAUUCUACUCUUCUAUCAAUGCGUUGCGAAGUAGUCGAAGUACUCUAUACGUAGCGGCCAAUCUUAUUCACCAAUGGGUCACCCCCAGCGGUGACCGAAGUCUAGAGGCUGGGAUACUGCCUAUGACCGGAGCACGAUCGAAUGUGACGCAUCGGGGCCACGACCAAGUGGUACAGUGUUGGCUCACAAGUGGCACUGGAACAGCCCCACCGAAUGAGUCGAGGCCUCGUGGGAUGCUUUCGGUGCGCGGGUACAAAGGAAAGGGGAAUAUAUUGGGUUUGCAGAAAACGAAUUUUAAAAGCUUAAAUAAAAGCCGAUUGCACCCCUACGAUAAGGGAUGGGACGACCGUGAUGAGAUGCUAGGAAUGCCAACCUGCGCUGAAAUCGCAUGGCACAGUGGCGCCAUAUUAGUUGAGAUUAUUGUUGUAUAUAUCAAUGUGUUGGGAAGUAGUCGAAGUACUUGUGGAGGCCAAUUUAUUCACCGACGGGUAAUCACGAUCGAAUAUGACACGGCACAACAAGUAGAACAAGAAUUGGGUCCACAAGCGCCACGAAAACAGCCUCACCGCCAACUUGAAUGGGUCGAGGUGCCAUGGGAUGGUCGCGACACGCGUACAGUGGGGCCCUGGAGCUUUCAGGGCGCAGUCUAGAGAGCGGCGCUUGAUCGAAAGGAAAGGAAGUUGGGUUCCAGAAAACGAUAGCUGAAAAAUGACAGGCUUUGACGUACAGCCGACACCCACUUGCCUGCAUCCUAAGCGCUUAAUUAAAAGCUAAUCGCUUCCCUUGAGGAAGGGGAUGACCGUCGUGGGACCACAGCGGCGCUUACCGCGGGCCAGCGAUCGCUGCAACUCGUGCCUGAUUACGACUUGCAUAUGAGGUCCUAUAAGUCAGCAAGCAGGGGUCAUACUAAUUCUCUCGCCGUCAUAACCAGUCUGGGUCAUGCCAACGCGCAUGCUAGAAUUCGCCGUUGACA